UAUGUGUACAGUUGUAGACAAGAAAUUGUGUGUGCCUUUAUGAAAGCUAUAAAUGUGCGUUGAUCACAAUUCAGCGUCAAAGAUGGAUCGUUCGCGUGUUUCGAAACAGUUGCUUAAAUUUAUUACGGUUGUUGUCUUAUCAGCUGUUGGAUGCCUGGCUAACGACCCUGCCCGAGAUAAAUCGAGUGAUGGACCGCCAUCCUGUCCACAAGAAAUGUGCGUGUUCCUGUUUGACAGAAUUGAGGAACAGUCGGUUCGUUUGCGUAACAUCGAAGAUACUCUGUUACGCGUCGUAUCGAUACUGGCAUCUGCCGAAGACCAGGAAUUUUCCGCAACAAGUGCUGCACUGAAAUCUGAUCCUCUGCUGAAUUCUUUGUUGACUGCAGAUGCCUACGAUUCAGUCGACCCUAUCAUUCUAUUUUCAGAUCAGGUGUCCAGUUCACUGGAAUCUCCAGUAAAAGGUCGAAAAAAGCGACAGAUUGAAAAGCAGCAAUUGUCACCAAAGGAAAGACUGGCUGAAGCUUUGAAAUGGACUAAGAAAAGCAGUUCUAGUACCAUGCGAAUCCCAACUGCUGAUACAAUGGAAUUACUCGCUGGAUUUAAGACGCCACCACCAAUUGUGGGACUAGAACAAGUUGCCGAUCUGCAGCAUGCAGAAGAUGCAGCUGCCUCUGUAAUUUUACGUUCUGUGACGAGGAGGCCAAUCGGCCUAACCCAUGCAGAAUCUACCACACGAUCAACGAUUCCACGUACCACGAUCCCACCCGCUGCGAAUCUUCGUGCUACAUCUUUACCUAUUCUGACAACUGCCGCGAAUAUUGGUACAUCAACAAUACGAACGACGCCCACUACAGUUUUGCCAGAUAUGAACCAACCGGCAACACAAAGAUUCGUCAGCGAAGCCGUUAAUGAUCUCCAGGGCGCAAUAAAGUGCGCGUUGGCGCAGCUGGGUGGUAGCAAUAUUUCAGAGCCUACCGGCAUCCUACUUGAUCCCGAAGCGAUACUGAACGAGAAUGGAACAUUGAGUGUACAGUUCGAAUUAAGAAGUUGUCAAAAGUAUUGGCAAGCCGUGUGGAUUCAAAUUUCCCUUCGAAACGAAUUUAUGAUCCUAAGAGACACGAAGAGUAGCAAACAAAAGAAUAGUCAUCUUACUAUUCGGAUACCGAAGGAGUGCCUGAAGAAAUCGGAAAAUGUAUUCUCGUUUAAUUUGCCAUCGACUUCUAAAGGGCCUUGUUCCUUUCCUUUGGCUAGUCUGACGGAGUGCAAAAUUUACAAUGUCGAAAUCAUACCAAUCUACUUAACACUUCUUGGUCAACCAACUGUCGUCGAGAUCACAGUUCCGCCACGAUUGCCAGGAAAUUCUACUGAUCUAGUUUCUCUGGAACAGGUUUUCACACCUAGUUCCACCCAAGCACUGGCAUUAAAAUGGGGAGUCCGUUCCGAGGAUUGCGCUCAGUUGAUGACAUCAGUUAAUUUGCGAAUUUAUGAGGAUGAAUCGGAUAGUAUGCUACGUUCGCUCAUCGUCCCGAGUGAUUGCCUCGGAAAUGCCUAUCAGAAUUCGUUUUCAGCCACUAUUUCUUUCUUUGGCAAUGAAACGAACUGCAGGAAUAUAGUUUUGGAGCCACUCGAUAUGUGCCGAAAAUAUAAAUUGGAAGUUGAGCCUGAAUAUGCCUAUUUGUGGAGAGGAAAUUCAUCUUCCCUCGAGAUUUUUACAUCAGGAGCAGACAAUGUCAAUGUUUUUCAUGCAGAUCGUUCAAAUUGCUGCUAUAUGCUCACUUUAGCUUCCGGUACUUUACGUUCUGGCAAUCAUGAUGGCAACAACGGGGGCUGCUCAUGGCUUAUUGUGGUUGAGAAAAAUGCUACCAUUUGGCUAACUUUUACUGACUACGCUAUAGAAAGUCACUACCGUAUAAAGGUGUACGAUGGGCCUUAUUCCACUAGUCCCGUACUGGUUGAACAUAGUGGUUACCAACCACCACAAUCGGUGCGAUCCCGAAGCAACAAGCUUUUCAUUCAAUUGGUUCCUCAAUAUGAUAAGUACUAUAACAACGGCUAUGGAAAACUCUUCACGGCACAUUACAUUAGCGUUAAAAACACAAGAACUCCAUUCGUUCCUGGAUGCGGAGGAUACCUUAUAAAUACAGGAAGAAUAUUUAAACCUGCUUACCCACCGAUCGAGAGAAGUAUCGCCGAGUGCACGUGGUACAUUGAGAGUGCUGAGACAGCAAACAGCACAUUAAUAACUAGUACCUCAGGAGGCAUUAUUCCUUUCCCUAUCAUUGUUUAUGAUGGUUGGUCGGAAAAUGGUACAUUGCUUUACAAUGGCUCUUCAAAGGCCUCUAUUUAUUCGUACGGAAGAAAAACACUUGUGAAAUUUCCGGCAUGGAAUUCACUAGAGAGGGAAAAUGAAUACUCUUGGAAUAUUUACAGUAUGUCACCCAUAGAAGUAUGCUCAAAUAAUCUUACUGGUCCUAGUGAUACAUUUUCCAGCCACCAAGAUGAUACCAAUUGGUAUUCGUCCUUCAUGGAUUGCCGUUGGACUAUUCGUGUUGACAAUUCUUCUCAGAUCCGAUUGACAUUCGUUUACUUAGAUAUUAAAAGAGACCAUGAUUUUGUAGCGAUCUAUGAUGGACCGUCACUCAACUCGUCACUCCUUAUAGAACUGUCUGGUCGAAAAUCAAAGCCAGUGUCUUUUACCAGUAUAAGUAACCAAUUGCUUGUCCGAUUUACAACUAAUGCAGUUAGCAACGGUGCGGUGAAACACAAAGGUUUCUUAGCAUUUUAUACAACAGUUCCAUGCGAUGCUGAAGAGCUCAAUGUAAUCGAUACGAUGAAAAAUGUUCUGGCUGAACCUUCAGGAGAACUUAAGAGUGUAAAUCAACAUGAACCUCCUAUUGCUUCAACAGCCUACUCUACGCCAUACGAUUGGCCUACUUCUAGUACGCCAUUGGAAUGGGUAGGAACACGGCCAGGAAGAUGGUGAUUGCGAAGUCAAUAAAUUUUUCAUUUACUUCCCUCCAUAUGUUGGAUGUUUCAUUAUUCAAUGUCCGAAGAAAGGGUGAGUAUCUUGGGUGAAGUCUGUUAAAUAAAUUGACAAGGUUUAUACCGAAA